ACAUGACCAAGUGGCUCACAGGCCUAUGCUCUCAUGUUUGAAAUUCAGGGUCCAAUGAAACAAUGGCAAGAUUUUGAAAAGGGGGCUGAGUUUUCAUCCUGCUGCUGACCAAAAAGGUUAUAUCAUGUCUGUGUUAUGACUUGAAAGAGUCCAGUGGUCUUCUGAUCACUUCAGUGAAUAAUAAACUGCUCAUCAACUCACACAAAGAAAAAUGGAAGAAAAUGAGGCACCUAAUGAAGAUGAGCUUACAAGUUAUCUGGUUCAAUUUAGCACUCAAGAAUCCCUGGAAAGUGAAAGAAGUCAGCAAUCAUCUUCCCCCAGCAAUGAACCAAGCUUUGUGAAAGUCAGCAAGGAGAACAGGCAACUUGUAACUGCCAUAAGAGAAGGUCAAAUAUUUGACCUUCAAAACUUUGUGAAAUGCAAGUAUGCCUUGGAUGAGGCUGAUAAGAGAGGGUGGUUUCCUUUACAUGAAGCUUCUGCUCAGCCAAUCCAGCAAAUACUUGAAGUCAUAUUGGAUGCUUCUUAUAAAGCGAUGUGGGAAUAUAAAACAUGUGAUGGAGAGACCCCAUUAACUUUGGCAGCCAAAUCUGGACUUGUCGAAAAUGUCAGAACACUACUGGAAAAAGGUGUCUGGCCCAACACCACUAAUAGGAAAGGAGAAACUCCUCUUCUCAUUGCAAUAAGACAAGGCUCCUACAAAAUGGCCUCUACACUGAUUGAAUACAACUGCACCAUCAAUCAACCAUGUGUAAAACGCUGGUCUGCAAUGCAUGAAGCUGUGAAACAGGGUCACAAUGAUAUUAUUGCUCUUCUUUUGAAGAAUGGUGGAAGCGUGCACCUGAGAGAUGGAUAUGGGGUAACUCCAUUAGGUGUAGCUGCUGAAUAUGGACACUGUGAUGUGCUGGAACAUCUGAUUCAUAAAGGUGGUGAUGUUUGUGCUCUAGCUGAUGACGGCUCUUCAAUACUCUUUGAAGCAGCAGGUGGUGGGAAUCCAGACUGUAUAGCUGUGUUGUUGGAGUAUGGAGGAAGUGGGAAUGUACCCAAUAAGGCAGGGCACCUCCCUAUACACAGAGCCGCCUAUGAAGGGCAUUAUCUGGCCUUGAAAUACCUAAUUCCAGUUACAUCCACAACUGCAAUCCGGAAAAGUGGUCAAAGUCCCAUUCACUCAGCAGCAGACGGCCAAAACCCACAAUGCCUCGAACUUCUAAUUGAAAAUGAUUUUGAUGUCAAUGCUUCCCUGGCUAACCACAUUUCGCAAAGUUAUGAUGAUGAAAGAAAAACAGCUCUUUAUUUUGCUGUUUCCAACAAUGAUAUUCUGUCAACUGAAAUUUUACUCCAAGCUGGAGCAGACCCAAAUAAAGACCCCCUGAAUUGCCUUCUUGUGGCAGUGAGAGCUGGCAACUAUGAAAUUGUACGGUUACUGCUUUCUUAUGGAGCCAAUGUCAACUGUUAUUUUAACCUUGUAAAUGACACCCACUUCCCCAGUGCCAUACAAUAUGCCUUGAACGAUGAGGUUAUGUUAAGGUUACUCUUAAAUCAUGGAUAUGAUGUACAUAUGUGUUUUGACUGCAUGCAUGGGGACAUCUUUGGAAAUUCUUUUGUGUGGUCAACUUCAGAGGAAGAAAUAUUACCAGGAUGGACAUCUUGCAUAAUUAAAGAUAAUCCAUUCUGUGACUUUAUAACUCUUCCUUGGAUGAAACAUCUAGUAGGAUCAAUUGUUCGCAUUUUGAUAGAUUACAUGGACUACGUUCCUUUGUGCACAAAACUUAAGUUUGUCCUGGAGACACAAACAGAAUGGAAAGAGAUCCAGCAAAUAUUAGAGAACCCUCGCCCACUAAAGCAUCUGUGCCGCCUGAAAAUACGUAAUUGUGUAGGAUUAGAGAGGCUAUACAAGCCACUAUCAAUGAAGAAGCUUCCUCUUCCCUCAGUCCUUAAAGGGUAUAUCCAAUACAAAGAGUAUGACCUUUAUGGAAGAGGGCUGCAUGAUUUGCCAUGAUUUUCAAACCAGUUAUUUUGUAACACAUCUUAACACAAAUUACUUGAAAAUUAAUUCCUACUCGUUCUGCUUUCAACCAUCCAUGCUGAGGAUCAUGGUGUCAAAGGCCAAUUAUGCACUCCUGCUCUGCUGUGCAGUGAGAGAACAUUUCCUUUGUGACAGAGAUUUCUGUACAGAUGUGGUCAGCAAGAACUGGGAAACCCCAAUGUUUGCUCUUGUUUCAGGAUUCCUUCUGGGCCACAUUUUGGUUUUUUUCCAGUGCUUUAAUGUUGAUAUUCCUUUUAUUGAUAUUGUGCAGGCUGCUACCAGUGGUCAAUCUCUCCAAGGAGAGUAUGUGUGUGUGUGUGUGGGGGGGGAGGAACUGUGUGUCCCCUCCCCACACACACACAAACGCUCCUUGGAGGGAUCAACACCUAGCAUUUCCCUAAAAAAAGAAAAAAUGAUAGCAGCCUGCACAAUAUCGAUUUAAGAAAUAUCGGAUAUUACAUUUAAAAAGCUAAACACACACAUACCACCCCUGUAAAAGAGAAUUCUCAUUCUUGGCUUAGAUGGAGGCAUGAUCUGGAAGUGGGGAUAUGCAAGACAUGCAGCGGGCAGUGUGUAAACAGGGAAUUGCAAGGAGACCCCAUUGUGAAAACCCUGAAGGGUGAAGAAUGGCACAGGAAGCACUCUAUGCAUAAUGGGCCACAGUUAUAAACUGUGGGGCUGUAGCCAAAGUCUGCUUGUGGAGGAACUGUUUUACAGCUUUCUCUACAGAUAAUUUCAAGAGAGAAAAAUGAAACAAAAACAAAAGAUACAUGUAAAGAUAUGCUUUAUUUGCAAGAACAUGGUAUUCUGAGGACUGUGCUAAGCUCUAAACCACAUGGGUCCCUCGCCACUCCCCCAUCCAAUAAGAACUUCUGAGUCACAAGUACCAGCACUUACAUAGAGCACAGGCAGACUCCAUACAGACAAGUGACUAACCUUCUUAAAAUGAAGGUACUCUGGAAGACUAAUUGUUCAUGUGCCUUGGCAAAAAGGAUAUCAAAACAUCUUGAACUCAAUAAACAGGAACUCAUGAAACAUCCUGAAGCAAAUGUAUUUUAAUUAGAAGCAAGAAGUAUUACAGCAAAAUCUUUUAUUGCUAUGAAGAUAAUUCACAUAGGGUUGAAUCCAGUGGAAGAUUUCCACAGGUGGAAAGAAGGGCAAUUUUAUUUUUAUCCCCCCUCUCACUACAGACCUCUGACACCACCUUUAUGCUAUUCUGUGGGUGUCCCUAUCACUCAGAAAAACAAAAACUAAAGGUUUUCUUCCACUUCUGCAAGUGUUGAUGCAACUUUGGUUAAUAUUUUCUGUACAUCUCUAACAAUUGAAAUAAGCAGUUAAUUAACCAUAAGAUAGACACUUCCUCUGUCAGUGUAUGAUAUAAUUAAAUUCCAUAUAUUUUAACCUUAAAAGUAUAUCUUACAAUAAGUCCAAACUAAGUAUUUAUGAAUUAAAACAUUUGUAUCCUAUUUUUGCCAACAUGCUGCAAACUGUGGAGUAGUUUGAAGCGUCCAUGGGUGUUAUGUAUUUAGCUAUUUUUUACCCAUUUUUCUUUCAAGUGAGAAGCCAAAGUAGCUUAUUCUCUUUCCUCCAUUUUAUCAUCACAACAAUCAACCUGUGAGGUACAUGAGACUGAGAGAGUGACUGACUCACCCAGCACAGCCAACAUCACAAGGAAGCGCAGCCAGUCACUUUCCAAUUAAUGAGACCUGCCAGAGGGCCUACUCACAUGGGUGACUUUUUGAUAGUGAAGGAGGGAGUCUGGAGAAAUCAGCCAAAGGUGGAGGAGCAGCUGCCUCCUUCCCAGCUACCUUCUACCCUCCUCUGGUUUCCUCCCCUCUCCCCAGCUUUCCCCUCAUAGUCUGUGGGAUGUGGUGGUUAGUGAGAAGCACUUGAUAUUAGUAUUAGGCAAGGACCUUUAAGGCUUGGUUUUAAAAAGUUCUUCACUCAGCCUUAAUCUUAGUGUGUAGUCUUGACUGAAUGAAGCACCAGGUCUUUUUCUAAUGUACCUCUCAGCAUUAUUUUGAGGUAUUUGCUUAUUUACUUCAUUGUCAUCCUGUCUUCCCAAUAGGGAUUCAAAGUGAGAAAGGGGGUCCAGUUUAUAGUCUCUUGCCCAGGACCUACAGAAACCUAGAACAGGCCCUGCAGCACUUAGCAAACUACAAAUAUGGAUUCAAACAUGGUCUUAGUCCAACAUUCUAAUCAUUUUGCCACACUGAGAGAUGUUUGUCAGAUACCUAUCCUGCAAACCAUGAAACUGGAAUCUCUGGUGGAAGUCAGCUUAUCAUGCAGAGCAGGUUCAUAUGAAUGUUAGGCAGUGGCGUAGCACCAGUCGGGGGGAGGGGAAGAACCUAUCGUGCACUGAUGCAGGGGCAUGGCAGGGAUGUUCUGGGGUGGACGGGGGCAUGGCAGGGGCACAGGGUACGCAUAUGCCCAAGGCGCAGUUCCCCCUCACUCUGCCCCUGAUGUUAGAGGCUAUAGAGUCUCAGAACUUUUUUUUUAACAACCAGGGGUGUUACCAGACUAAAGCAUGAUGGACAGGCUCUGUUUUAAGAACAGUGUCUCUAUCCAUCCUGCCAACUCUUGGGGUGUCUAACAGUGCCAUGCCAAAAUAGAAAGCCCAUUCUCUGCAUUGGCUAGUGCAUUCUCAACGACACAGUAAAAUCUUGUCUGGACUUACCCUCACCAUAUCUGCCAUGCAAAAUACCUAACACACACUCUUCCUAAAGGGAUUAAGAGAACACAAUAACCGUGCCUUAGAAAGGGUCCCCAUCUCCAGUCCUGGAUUAUCUGCCCUAUGAAGACAAAGGAUUUGUUAAUGGGUUUGCCCAAAGUGUCUGUGCCGGUAUUGUAUUAACCCAAAAACAUCUUCCUCUGACUAAUCUCUCUCUAAUGACCACCUUAUUUACAUUGCCAUUGUUUUAUAAUUUUGAUUAACUCAGCAUUCUGCACACCUCCAGGCACUCCCAUUUUAGUCCAAGCACUCAAACCAUUAUCUUAACAACUCAACACCUAAAAUUAAUGUUUGUCUCUUGUCUUUCCCCAGAAAGGCAGGAUUCCCUUUUUUCCUGAAAGAUUAAAUGCCACUCUGCAUAACCCUGAGGGUCCAUUUUUCCCUAUAAGAAGCCCACUCUCUCUGUAGCCAGUGUUCAAUAUCUCUGGACAUCUCUGUCUGUGGAUAUUGUCCCCAGUGCAUUGAUAUUUCUUCUACCAGAGCUAAGCGUAGGUCACUCAGCAUUGUUCAUCCAACCUUUCUGCUUCAAGAUCAGAUGACUAUAACCCUUACUUCCCAAAUUCUCUUCAUCUAUUCCAAAUCUAUCCCCUCAAUACUGCUUAUAUCCUAGAACUAUGUGUGUUCUGCUGCUUUGAUUAUCAUGUGCUUGUAUUAUGUGCUAUUAUACUUUAAUAAAAAUUGUUAAACUUUA